UGCUGCCAUGCCAGAUAAAAGUUCAAUGGUAAAUGGAGAGUACUUACUAGUACAGUACAUAGCACUUUACGUUCACACACCAAUGGUGUCAAGUUAAAGCGUGGGAAGUUUCACGUACUAACUCAUAGGAUUUGGCAAUUGAUGGUGAUAGAUGAAAUAUUAUAGUUUACUUUUUUUUUUUUUACCAAGUUAAAAAUAGAAUAAAAAACUGAAAAAGAGGAAGUAUAAGGUUCACUGUUUAUUCCUGUAUAAUAUAACUGAAUUGUUUUCUUAACAAAUAUAAGACAGUUAAGCAAUAAUAAAUGGAGAGAAUAUGUAUUUUUCUAAAUUAUUCACACAAAUCAUUAACACAUUGGCUACUGUUGACCAUACGCGGCGUUUAAGGUGGGACGGGUGGGGGCUUCCUAUAUGUGAUUUUAAAAUUAGAGAGUUUUCCGGUAAAAUACUGUCUAUAAAAGUUGUAAAGCAAUAAAACAAACAACAAAAAGGAAUGAAUGAAUGAAUUAAAAAAAAAAAAGAUAUUUUAUAAUCGGUCAAAAAUAUUUUUCGAACAGAUCAUGUGACUAGCACCUCAGACGGUCAUUUGCUUUGCUUAGCCAAAACCACUCGAGCACCGAAGAGGCAAGAUGGAUAUACGUAAUUUUUUCAAACCUAAGCUUUCAAAAGCGACAACAACUACUGGACCAAGGAUUGAAAAUGUGGACCAUGAAACGCCAGAGAGCACCGCCAAAAUGGAGGAGAGCGCGAGGAAGAGGAGGAUGAGCGCCACGCGCCACCACACCUUUAUCUCCCGUAACAGCAACGGGACCCUCGCCUGGACCACCAGCACCCUCUCCGGCGCAUCCUUAGACGCCUAUCAGUCGCAUACCGCCACCUCAUCAGCCUUGCCGACGGUGGGGAUGGCGCCCGGGGCCCCCCGCCCAUUCCCCACGGUGGACGUCCCCGACCAUGCCCACUACACCAUCGGCUCCGUCAUCUUAGCCAUUGGCAUCACCGGAAUGGUCGGCAACUUCCUGGUCAUCUACGCCUUCAGCAGGAGCCGCAGCCUGCGCACUCCGGCCAACAUGUUCAUCAUCAACUUGGCUGUGACGGACCUGCUGAUGUGCGUCACUCAAGCGCCAGUGUUCUUCACUAGCAGCAUGCACAAGAGGUGGAUCUUUGGGGAAAAAGCGUGCGAACUGUACGCCUUCUGUGGCGCGCUGUUUGGGAUCUGCUCCAUGAUGACGCUGACGGUGAUCGCUGUGGACCGCUACUUCGUCAUCACGCGCCCUCUCACCUCCAUCGGCGUGCUGUCCCGGAAGCGGGCGCUGGCCGUCCUGGCGGCCGCGUGGGCCUACUCGCUGGCGUGGAGCCUGCCGCCCUUCUUCGGAUGGAGCGCGUACGUGCCGGAGGGCCUGCUGACGUCAUGCACGUGGGACUAUGUGACGUUCACACCGUCGGUGCGCGCGUACACCAUGCUUCUGUUCGUGUUUGUCUUCCUGCUACCGCUGGCGGUCAUUGUCUCGUGCUACGUCUUCAUCUUCAGGGCCGUGCGUCGCACCAACAAGACGGUAGGCAAGAUGAGCAGCAGCGGCCUCACCCACGUGUCCUCUCGCGAUUCGGUCAAGAAGUUCAACCGGCUGCAAAACGAGUGGAAGAUGGCUAAGAUCGCCUUGAUCGUCAUCCUGCUUUACGUUGUCUCCUGGUCACCGUACUCAACUGUGGCGCUCACCGCUUUUGCCGGAUACGCAGACAUCUUGACGCCCUACAUGAACUCCGUGCCUGCUGUUAUCGCUAAGGCCUCCGCCAUCCACAACCCCAUCAUCUAUGCCAUCACGCACCCAAAGUACAGGGUGGCCUUGGCCAAGUACAUCCCGUGCCUCGGAGCGCUCCUGUGCGUGCGUCCUACGGACCUUCGCUCGGCCAGUAGCAGUUUCGCGUCCACACGGCGCUCCACAGUCACCAGUCAGAGCUCCGACAUCAGCGCGCACUUUAGGCGACACAGCAAGAGUCGACUGUCCUCGGCGUCUGACAGCGAAUCGGGUCUGACAGACACGGAGGCGGACUUGCCCAGUCUGAGUUCUCGCCCCGCUAGCCGCCAGGUGUCCAGUGAAAUCGGCAGAGACACGGCUGAAUUCUCCGAAUUCAAAACCUCGUCCAGCUUCAAGGCAAAAAUGAAGAAUCAUGACUCGGGCAUCUUUGAGAGGACGUCUUUUGACAUGGAUAUUUCUACGAUUGAACGCGGCAGCAUUCCAAAUAGCGCCGACUCCGGCGACGUCCACGUGGGCAGAAACGCGCUCACCCGCAUCCCGAGCAUCGUCAUUACCUCCGAGUCCAGCCCCUUCCUACCUGUCGGACGCGCCGGCUCGCAUUCCGCUCGCGCCAAGGCCACCUACAGCAGCACGAAAGCGGGCUCCGGCUGAGCCACGUGAUUGUCCCCCGUCAAAUUGGAAUUCUCGAAAAACACAUGAGCUAUUACGAGGAUUUAAGUUCAAACUUUCCUGUAAAAGCGACUUCAGAUUUUCAUAUUUAUAUACAGUGGUGCCUUGAAGUGCAAGUGAAACGAUUUAAGAGUUUUACUCACAGACAUCUAUUCUCCCAAACUGGAACAAAUGAAUGGUACUUUAUUUCUAUUCAUUUUAACUGAAAGAGAUGAUCAGAGAUGCAAGCGUUUUGUGUUAUGAGUAGUGUUGCAUUGAUACCAUUCAUUUGGCCAAAUUUCAAAAUUGUCCUAUAUGCAUGUGUGAUACAUCAUUGGAAAGCUUAAAAUCGCAAUUUUCUGGGGGAAGAAAAACUUUGAACAGGAAGGCAUUGUAGAAUCCACGAUGAAAAGCCCUUAAAUCUGACGCUAUACUCUUCCUUCUCCCUUCACUCACUGUGGUCAGCGGGGAAGAAAAACGUUCACACUGCUCCUUACGUCGGUUCUUUAAUGCAACAACAAUCAAUCCACGGCUUGACAUCAAAUACAAACGAAAGAGAGCAACUGAGAGAUCGAUAGAAAGAGAGAAUAUAGAAGAACGUAGGUCAAAACAUUAUAUAAGCUCUAUCCUUAAUACUUCCUGCCAUCAUGCCGACUUACUACUAAAAACAGCAGCCCUCGCUGCCUACUUAUAUACCUGUCAACCCAAGGCCGUUGACAAUCUCACAAAUAGUGACGUAUGCCCUUAAAAAUUGGUGACUAAUCUUACAACGUAUAUAGCGUGCAAUAUGAAACAAAAAAAGCUAAAUGUUUAAAAUAAUAUGAAUUUAUUGGUAAUAUUGUAACAUAUAACAUGGUGCAAUCAAAGAACAAUCAAUAUCGUCAGCUACAUCAUGAUUACUAAAAUUCAACAGUGACUUUUGUUAUAAUUGUAUAUAGCACUUUUGGUAAUUUCUGUCAUGUCUUUUGAUGGCUGCACUUCAUGGCACUUCAGCUCGCAGUUCAGUUUGACUUGAAGUUAGUUCGUUAGUGUGUCCAAUUAUAAAUUAAAAGGUUAAUUGAUAAAAUUAACCUACCGAUGCAAUCUUUGAGUCAGGGAACAUUUCUUUUGCUAAUUCUGAGAAGUGAUCAGCAAUAGUUACGGGCAAAUUGUGUUCGGCAACAAAUUGGCAGAGUAAAAUCUUCACUCUCGUCACUUUUCAUUCCACAGACUUCAUCUUCUUUAUUACCAGUUUUGUUAAUCUUACUUUUAAAAAGUAAUUAAUCACAGUUACAAAUUACUUCUCCCAAAAAGUUAUUGAGUUAGUAACUCAGUUACCUGAAUUUAAGAGUAAUUAGUUACUUGGCAAAGUAACUGGUGUUACCUUCCAUGUUUUUUUUCUCUUCAUUUUUUCAAAAAAAGACAACAACCAAAAAAAACCCCAAAAAAACCCACAACAAAAAAACAUAGUAACCUUUGCUAUGUUUGGAAGUCAUUUAAUGUUGUGAAUCAACCGUUAAAGUUGUUAAAAUUGCUCCCGUUUUUGACAUGUGAAAGUUUUAAAACUGUUUCAUGAUUUAAAGAUAGAUUUAAAUCAAGAUUUUGCUGAUUUAUGAGUAUUUUAGAUAAAAAAAACUUACUUAGGUUAGCUAGGAAGGUUCACUACAACAGCCUUUCUGAGAAGUUUACUGCUUUAAAAUGGCGGCUACUUACCAACGCCGCCGGGUCUGUCAUUUCGCAUCUAGUUCAUGCAUGUGAUAUCUAGGCGUAAAUUGUAGGCUGUCGGCUACAGUCAGGAAAUAUUGGCGCCGCCUAGCAUCGCGUUUGCUACAGCGUCCCAACAAACACUCUCUCUCCAUGUCUCUGACUUUUGUCGCGUCAUUCAACCAACGUAACGCAUAGUAACGCACGUUGUCUCGUUACCGAAAUGGUGACAAAAUCCGAACGGAGAAAAAAAAAAAUGUAAUGCAUGAAAAACAGACUUUCAAACAGAUUUUGAACGUACGCCGUACACAUUUAAAAAUCAGUGCUCACUUGUACAAAUUACGCCAGAACCGUACAACUUGACAGGUAUGCAUUUAUAUCAGGGGUGUCCAAGCUUUUUGCAAAGGGGGCCAGAAUCGGUGUGGUAAAAAUGUGGGGGGCCGACCUUGGCUGACAUCCUUUACGUAGAACAAUAUAUUUAUGCAAAUUUUAGCAAGCCAUUCUGUGUGUCACAUUUUUAUAUUUUACAUUUUAUAUUUUACAUUUUAUUAUUAUUUUUUUAAAUUAAUAAUUUCCACAAACUCUUGCAACUGCCUUUGUGGCGUUCUCUUUCAUCUCUUGGGCUCUUGCGAAAUACUGCUGCUGUAAAAUUAAACUAGCUUUAAGUUGCUUCAAUUUCUCGCCACGUAUCUUCCCUGUAAUCUUGUCGUACAUGUCAGCUUGUCUUGUUUAGUAAUAUCGCCUCACAUCGAACUCUUUAAAAACAGCGACUGUCUCUUUGCAAAUGAGGCACAGUUUUUGCGUAUUUUAGUGAAGAAAUAGUCCAAUUUCCACCUAUCCUUGAAGCGUCAGCUGUCACAGUCAACUUUUUUUGUUGUUGUUGAUUGUUGCCAUUUUAGAAAAUUGGGAGUAAAGGGUCACGCGGGGUAAUGUUGCUUAGAGUGCUGCUGCCUUUUAGUGGGUAAAUGAGGAGCAGCAUUUAGUGUGUGAGCUACUUCAUAUGCUGGUGACAGUACUGCUGACCAAUUUGUUAGGUCUGUGUGCGGGCCAGACAUUAUUGAUUUUAUGACACAGGCUGGGGGCCGGAUGAAAUUUGACUACGGGCCACAUUUGGCUGAUUUAUAUCGUACGACAUGACGUCACAAACCCGUCCACCUAAACCUUAAUAAACAAAUAGCAGUUCUGUCUUAUUUAACCAAAUAACAAUCAACAACUUAUUUUAUAGAACAAAAUUAAUUAUUUACACUUAACAUUAGGCACUUACAGGCAUUUAUAAAAAAAAAUAUAUAUAUACAAUUUUUUUUAAACCCCUAAACCCUAACUGGAGGUUGGAGCAUGAGAGAGCAUAAUUAAGGAAACCUUGAUUUUAACGAGAUAUCAUCGUGUACUUACCUUGUUUCAAUCCAAUAACUCUGUGUAGCAUGUCUCACCGAGUGUCAAGACACAGCUGUGAAUGGCCACAGCUGGACUUUUUGGGGAUUUUAUGAGUAAAACACGGGAAUAUAACAAGGGUCGCGAUGCAGAAAUCGCAGACAUGAAGGAGUGGUCAAGAUGUUCUUUUUCAAAUAUUUACCCUUUUAAAUGUUUUUCCCCCAUUUUUCUUUGUUUGGAUUGGAUUGGUUAUCAUCGGGGAAAAUGCGAUAGUAACUAAAAAAAAAAAAAAAAUUCAAUUAAGCGAUAGUUAUGAGGUAGAUAUCUGUGACCUAUUGACAGACAAGUACACAGACAAGCAGACAUGUAGUUUUUUAAAACUAAAUAUUAGACAUCAAUGAAUGAUUCUAUGAUAAAAUAAAAAGACAUUUCGAAUAAUAAAUAUAAUUACUUCUUUAAUUGGCUGGGUUGAAAACAAAAGUGGUUGUGCAGUGUCUGUAAACGGGGGUCUCCAGGGAAAAACGGACAAAUUAAAAAUAUUUCGGGGGCAUAAUGCACCAUGAAACUGCUAUGGCAGCAUAUAGACAUAUUGUGACAUCAUUUUAGUCACGUAUCAGCAAAACUAGUCACGAGCACGGUUGUGGAACAAAUUAAGUUACAUCUCCAUGCACCACUGUCUGUUUAGUUAUAGCCGAUGGCACAACAUCACUUUUUGAAAGCGUUUUAACCGAGCACUUUUUUAUUUUUUUUUUAACCACAAAAGUCCAAAUGUGGGCUGUGCACAGUAAAUGAUCACGUCUCGGGCAAGAGACGUCCAAUCCAUUUGGAUUCGAUUGGACAUCUAGCGCCAUCCAUGUCAACCGAUGACCUAAAAUGAAUGCAUAAAAUAUUCAAGGAACCUUGUUGCCAUACUGUAAAUAUGCACUUUUUUUGUAAAAUUUUCCAGCACAAUUUACAUCUUUUCAUUUGUGUUUUUGUGCUUUUAUGACCUUUCUGUACAUCAUGUGACUGGCUCGAAGGUAACGACAUGGAGUGUUCCUUUUGUUGGCUCAUUUUAUUGGUAUAUAAUUGAUAUUUCAUCUGCUGAAUGUUUCCAUGACAACAAUCUUCAAAUGUGAAGUAAAAACAUUGGAUAUUAUGUAUUCAUCAUCCCUUAAUGGAACAUCACGUUUAAUUUGUUAUUUCCUUUUUGCAGUUUUUUGUUGAUGUGAUUGUUGCUUUUAUUUAUUUUUAUGAAUGAAAAAAAAAGGAAACAAACAGUCUCAUUUGUUCCAAGAUCAUCGAGCAUGACGUUUUGUUUUCAAAGUCUUCAAAAUCCAGUGUGGACAGUGAAACAUCUGCAAGGUGAUUUCGGUUUAAAAUAUAAAAUUGGAUGACAUGAUAACAACACUGAACAUUAAAUGGGAGAGUCAAAAUAAAUAAAUAAAAGGCAAGCAUGCUAACCUCUGCCUGAAUGAACUAAAGUCACUCGCACACAAGGGCGUAGGUUUGCAUAGGGACGGUAGGGACAUAACACUACCAACUUUUCAGGAUGCUCUAAUUGUCCCAACCAACUUUUAAGCAACCUUAUUUGCAUUAUAUAAUAAGUUCAGUUAUAUGGGUAGUUUAGAUUGUCUUCCCAUAAGUUGUAAGGAUAGAAUUGAUCCUACCAUUAUAAAGUGAAUUACAGUACUUUCAUUAUGUUCAGACUUACAUUUAACCCUUUUCACUUGCUGAAUAUGCCAGUCCAUAUUCCCCCCCCCCCAAACGCACGUUUGAUUGGCUGAUGACUAGAACCCCCACAUUCGCACAAUACCGGCAGAAAUACACGUUGACAUGCUGCCUUCUCCGCCCCCUUUGAAGAGGAGGGAUAUUAGAAGUUUUUUUUCCGGCUAGCAGCAGCAGCAGCAGCCACUGUAAGUAAUGUAAAAAGAAGACGUAAUUGUUGUGGAGGUGGGGAACACACCACUAAUUUUGCUACAGAAAGUCCGACCUGCCAUAGAGUUAGCAUAAAAUUAAACUGUGUGAACUUGCUAACCUGUAAAACUCGAGUAGAAAGAUGCUUAGAGGUGUCGUUCUGUACGUUUUCUACUCUUAACAUUAAUUCAAUUCAACUGUGCAUUUUGUGUAUUUUUUCCCAAAUUAAAAUGUCUAUCUAUCUUCUACAUCAUUUUGAAAAAACUACCCCCCCCAAUGUAUAACCGAGUGUCAAGACACAGCUGUGAAUGGCCACAGCCGGACUUUUUGGGGAUUUUAUGAGUGAAACACGGGAAUAUAACAAGGGUCGCGAUGCAGAAAUCACAGACAUCAAGGAGUGGUCGAGGUGUUCUUUUUCAAAUAUUUACCCUUUUAAAAUUGUUUUCGGGGAAAAUGUGAUAGUAACAAAAAAAAAAAAAAAUCCAAUUAAGCGAUAGUUAUGAGGUAGAUAUCCGUGACCU